AUGUCCAACCAGGCGGUCGGCAACGUUUACCAAUCUAUCAUCGAGGAGGUGAUUAAUAGUUCACGAGUCGAUUUUGAGGAGAGCGGUGUCGAAGAGGCGGUUCUGGAGGAGCUGCGACAGGGCUGGCAGCAGAAACUCUCUCAGCUUGAAGUAGCCCGUUUCCCAUGGGAUCCCAAGCCCGAACCGGCUCCGGCGGCUCCAGCUGCGCCUCCCGCGCAGGCACCUUCCAGCCAGAGCCACACACAGGCCCAAUUUUCGCCUCAAUUGUCACUCCCCAACGCCUCUGUCGGAGAGGGCUCGGCGCAGAAUGGAAGCAAGCAAGAGCCCGUCGUCAAGGAGGAGAAUCUUAAGCAGGAGCCAGGCGUUCAGCCCAUGUCAUCCUUCUCUGCAUUCAACAACAUCGAUAACAAGAAUGUUGCAGCCAGCAGAGCCGCCCAGCAGCUCCAGCUCCAAUACGGCAUGAGAGCAGCCGGCUCCAUCAAUGCCAUCCAAAAUCUGGGUCAGCCACAGCAGCCAUCAGACCAGGGAGGUCAGGGCGUGGACCAGCAAGCCCAGGGAGGCCAACAGCAGGUCCCCGGCGGGGCGAACCCCGCUGGCCAUAUCAGCAACGGGCAGACGGACGGCGCCGGCGACGAUGCUGGCUUCGAAGGUGUCCUCAUGCAGCAAGGUCCUUCGGGCAACCUCAACGAGCUUGGCAGGGUCGAAAUCGAUCGUAUGCUUCAUGAGCAGAUUGCGGCCCGUGCCAAGGCCAUGGAGGGUGGUGGCCUGAUGCUACCCCUCAAGGAGGCCACCAGGCAUCGUUCCGCGACGUCCAAGCACGCCAAGGGCAAAGGCAUUGCCGGCUUUGAUGGUGGAGAUGAUGACGAUGAGGUCGACGACGAAGACGCCAUCAAUUCGGACCUCGAUGAUCCCGAGGAAGAUCGUGAGGACGACGAGGUCGACGACGAAGGCCUGGGCCACAUUAUGCUCUGCAUGUAUGACAAGGUUCAACGGGUCAAGAACAAGUGGAAAUGCACUCUCAAGGACGGCGUGCUCACCGUGAACGGCAAGGAAUACGUCUUCCACAAGGCCACCGGCGAGUACGAGUGGUAG